GAAGAAAAUAAAAAUUGAGAAAUUUUGUAAAUGUGAACAUGUGUGUUUUCCCAUUUCUAAUGUGAUAAAAUGAUCAAGUGGGGAUAUUGAUUUUACUUUUUUAGGGGUCCAUAUAUGUUUCUUCCAAUUAUAUACCAUUUUCCUUUUUUGCCUUUUUUCUUAUAUAAUAUAUUUUGAAUACCUCAUUCUAUCUUCUUUGGUUUGGUAAAUGUGAAAAAUGUUUAGUGAUGAAGCCCUAAAGGAAAGCCUUUCUUAUUGGUGGUUUUGUGGUCCAUAUAACUCUAUGUGCUAUAUGAAUUCAUUCUCUUUUCUUUCCAUUAUUUCUAGAAGAAAAAAAAAACCCUUUUCUUCUUCUUUUUCUUUUCUUUUGUCCACGUGAACCUCAGUCCCAAUUUCUAAUAUGAUGGGAUUGUUCAAAUUAAAAAUAUAUAUAUAUAUAUAAUAUUGGUUGUCUUAUGAAACUUUUUCGAUUUCUAAUCAAUGUAACCUGGGAAAAUAUACGUAUCUCUUGAAUUGUAACCAGUAAAUUAUUUGAAUAUUUGUAAUUGUUAUAAAUUGAUUUAGUUGUCGAUUAAGGUUAUGGUUAUAGUAUUCAUGGUGACUUAAUGCUCUAAAUUUAUUAUUCAAAAGUUUUUUUUGUACCUAAAUGUUAUAGAACUGGAUGAGUUCUUAAGCUGAAAUGGUUAACUAGGUACUUGUUAAAAUAAUUAUGAAGUAAAUAUUUUUUAUUGCAUUGUUUUCCUUUUUUCAUUUCAAUUUUAGCUAUAGAUUAUUUUAUUUAUAUUUUCCAAACAUGAAUGUGGAACGAAUGUGCAAUAGAGUUCGUCGUCCCGAGUUUCAAAAAUCCGAUUCCGAGGAAAGUGAUUUCCACCAUGUUUUACGACAAGAAAACAAAUGAAUGGACGAUCAUUAUCACUCGCAAGUUCAGAGAAGUAAGUGGGUUUUUAGUGAACACAUUUUCCGAGAUCGAAUCUAGUGCGAUUAACUGGUUGGCCAAUCAGAAUCUCCCGCCGUUGUACACCGUCGGACCCAUUUUGACUUUGAAGGGAAAAAAAUCCCCAAAUCGACGGAAUGAGAUAUUGAAGUGGUUAGACGAGCAGCCACCGUCGUCAGGAAUCUUCAACAAAUCUCAAAGCAACGAGAUUGCAAAUGCCUUAGAGCGAAAUAGAGUCCGAUUCAUCUGGUCCAUACGGCAGGUACCACUGGAUAGCGUUCUGCCGAAAGGGUUUGUGUAUCGGACGAGCGGAAUGGGAAAAGUGAUGGGGUGGGUGGUGCAGAUGGAAAUAUUGGAACAUCCGGCGACGGGAGGGUUUGUGUCACAUUGUGGGUGGAAUUCAGUGCUGGAGAGUUUGUGGAACGGUGUGGCAGUGGCGACGUGGCCGAUGUAUGCAGAGCAACAGUUGAAUACGUUUCAGAUGGCGGUGGAGUUGGGAGUGGGGGUGGAGGUGUCGUUGGAUUAUAGUAUGGUGGGGUCGGCGGAGGAGGAGUUGAGGGCAGAGAAGAUUGAUGCGGGGAUACGAAAGUUGAUGGAAGGUUCAGAGGAGAUGAAGAAGGCGGUGAUGGUUAAGAGUGAGGAAAGUAAGAAGGCAACAAUGGAGGAUGGAUCUUCUUUCAAUGAUCUUAAUCGUUUUAUCGAUCAUGUGUUUCAUAAAAUUAAUACUUGUUGAUUUUAGCUGUGUGUUUCAUCAAGCAUGUCAUCAAGAAUGAAUGGGGAGAAUAUAGUAUCCAUAAAAACAUCUUUGAAGAUCAAAGAAAAAAUAAAAGAGACAUACAAUAUGCAUACUCAACAAAGCUUUGUUUAUGAUCU